UACCACUAUCUCACUAUGUUUGACUACGCUCAGUUCAUCCUGUUCGCGACUUCUAUCCCUAUUCUAGUCAAUAUCGCCUUUCGCCAUUCAUACUCUUGGCUCCAUGCCAUUUUUCUCGCUAACUGUUUCGCCAUCUUAUCCAGUCUUUGCGCCAUCAUCGAUGCGAUAGUCCUCCAACCCUUCUUCUUUGGCGUUCUCCGCAAUCUUCCCACCGCUACUCAAGAGCCUAUCUGGACGAGACUGCUCAAGGAGCCCACUAGCAGUGACCUUGCAAAGUUUUAUGGACAAGCUCCUACCAGUCAGAUUAUUCGAUAUUUUGGCGUCCUGAAUUCUGAGCGGUUGCUUCUCACGGAUCCGAAGGACAUCAAACAAGUCAUGGACUCCGAGGCUUACGAGUUUGGUCGUUCAUACCUCAUUCGGCGCCUACUGUCCCCAGUCCUGGGCAAGAGUAGCUUGGUGGUGAGCGAUGGGGCCGACCACAUACGCUGCCGAAAGAACGUGAACUCGGACUUUUACUCUCAGCACGAAAACGCCGGUUCACUUGUUGAAAAAGUCACAACUUGCAUCACUGGCACUGAUGGACAAUUAUUGGGCCCCGACAGUGCUAUCGAAGUCCUCAAGUUACUUGAGAAGGCUACAUUCGAAUCGUGUUCAUCGNCCUUCUUUGGAUCAACGGCGAUCGGUGACCACACUUCCGUCGAAGACCUACUACAAGAGUUUCGAGAUGCGUUCUCAAUAUCAUCGGGCUUGUCUGCGCAGGCCGAGAUGGCUUGGGAAACGAUUCUCCCGUCUCAUCUAUUCUUCGGACUUCUUCCAGUCGACGACAUACGCAAAACCAGAAAGUCUAUGCUGAGUAUAAAGAGCUUUUGUCGGACUCAAAUCGCCCGAAGGAAGUCAGAGAACAUCCUAGAUACUGCAAUCAAGUCGGAGGACCUCAGUGAUGAAGAGAUUCUUGACAUGUGUACAACUUUCCUGGCUACAGGCUACAGGACUGUUUCUGUUGCACUGAGUUGGGCCAUCUAUCACCUUUCGACCAGGGCCGGUGUGCAAGCCUUGUUGCGUAUAGAAGUCCGCGCAAGUUUCCCGCAUCCGNACCAGAAGGGCGGUCCACUUUUCAAAUCCGAAUUGUUGCAGAAGAUGCCUGUCCUGACAGCUGUCUGCAACGAAACUUUGCGAUUCUCUCCCGUAGUGGCCUUGACAUACAGGGAAGCGCGGACUGAUAUGCUACUAUCUGGAUCUGAUCAAGUGAUACCUGAAGGCACGAUACUUGCCAUCUCGCCUUGGGCGAUCCACAGAUCACCGAUAUACUGGCGAAGCGGAGAUCCGUCAGGCGGAACUUCAAGCGCCUCUCACACCACGUUACCCAGUCCAUCAACUUGGGAUAUAACGCGUUGGCUGUCAGACAAGAAAGGAGGGGCCAGAAUGCAAAGCUCUUUUAUGCCUUUUGGGAGAGGACCACGCUGCUGUAUCGCAGAGACAUUUGCUCGAGAUGAAAUGAUGGUUCUACUUGCCGCGCUGGUAGGAAGAUUCGAUUUCUCGUUUCACUCCAGUGGCCGUGACAACAAUCCAAAGUCUGAAGAUCUAAGAGUGUCAUUCGGUGUAGUAGCUAAACCCGUAAGGCUGAUGGUACGGGCUCAGCCGGUUUUUGGGUGGUGA